CCCCACCCAACGGCUCUCGCUCUCCAAAAACAACAUACUCCUAUUUUAGUUUGUAAGUUUGUACUUGCAUGCUUGUGGCUCGGCUGUGCUUCGAAAUAUAAAAUUACGCGGUCUCUCACAUUUCAUAUCUCUUUCUUUCUCUCUCUUCAUUCCACUUUCUCUCUCUACCUUCGUUCCUUCCAUCCAUGGCGAUCUGACAGAAUAUGGAUACAGAGAGUGAAAGGCUGAUUUUUUAGCUGAAAUCUAGGCAUUUUUUUGGGGCUCUCGUUCUUGCCCUAACACCAUUUGGAGAGGAGAGAGGCCGCAUAGUCUCUGAUGACAAUGUCGGCAUUCGACCCUCUCGAUGCGUUUCUCAUCUAUACUAGCAGAGCCUUUUGUAGUCCUUUUGCUGUUUUUAUUCAGAUCCAGGGAUAUGUUAUUUGCUUAACUCUUGCUUUUGGGUGGGUGUUAGCUGCUUAUGUCAGGAGUAGAGAGAUUAGACAGAUGAAACAUAGUCUGAAAGGUGGUAACAGCUUUGCAUUUCUUUAUCAUGAUAUUAAUGACCUCCAGCACUCUAAUCAGGUUAACCUGCCAAGAGUGACCAUUGUAAUGCCAUUAAAAGGCUUUGGAGAGCACAAUCUGCAUAAUUGGAGAAGCCAGAUCACGUCUCUAUAUGGUGGUCCUUUGGAAUAUCUUUUUGUGGUGGAAAGUACAGAAGACCCUGCUUACCAUGCCAUACAUCGGUUACUGGCAGAUUUUAAGGAUGAUGUUGAUGCAAAAAUUAUUGUAGCUGGUUUGUCAACAACUUGUAGUCAAAAAAUUCACAAUCAAUUGAUUGGGGUGGAGAGAAUGCAUGAAGAGAGCAAGUAUGUGUUGUUCCUUGAUGAUGAUGUUAGGCUGCAUCCUGGGUCAAUUGGAGCGCUCACUGUUGAAAUGGAAAAGAAUCCUGAAAUUUUUAUUCAAACUGGAUACCCUCUUGAUUUACCGUCUGGAAGUUUAGGAAGUUACUGCAUCUAUGAAUAUCAUAUGCCUUGCUCAAUGGGGUUUGCUACUGGUGGGAAAACAUUUUUUUUGUGGGGAGGAUGCAUGAUGAUGCAUGCAGAUGAUUUUAGGAAAGACCGUCAUGGUGUGGUUUCGGAACUUCGAGAUGGGGGAUACUCUGAUGAUAUGACUCUUGCAGCUAUAGCUGGGGCUCAUAACAGGCUCAUUACAUCACCACCUGUUGCUGUUUUUCCUCACCCCCUUGCAAGUGAUCUUAAUUUCUCAAGGUACUGGAAUUACUUGAGGAAGCAAACAUUUGUUCUGGAAUCAUACACCACAAAGGUUAACUGGAUAAUGAACCGGGCGUUAUUUUCUACCCACUGCUACUUAUCGUGGGGAUUUGUAGCACCAUACUGUAUGGCUGUUGUUCAUGUUGCAGCAGCAUUAAGUAUUCAUUCUAAAGGGCAAUCACUUCAGGAUACAGCUCUUACUUCUCGUGGGUUGGAACUAGCAGGCGGCCUAGCUAUAUGCACUUUUCUAGAACUUCUCUCUAUGUGGAACUUGACAAGAAUAGAAGUUCAAUUAUGCAAUUUGUUAUCUCCUGAGGCGCCGCCAGUGUCACUUGGUUCUUACAACUGGUGCCUUGUAUUUAUUGCAAUGCUGGUGGAUAAUUUUUUAUACCCUAUCUCUGCAAUUCGUUCACAUUUUUGUCAGUCUAUCAAUUGGUCUGGCAUUCGAUACCACUUGAAGGAUGGGAAGAUAAGCAAGAUUGACAGAAGUAAGGAUCAAGGUCCAAAAUUCACGGAUUUGGGAGGAAAGCGUUUAUAUGGGAAGAGAGGAGCUCAGCCAAAAUCGUCCAUCCUCGGUUCUUUAUCAAGAAGUCUGGCCUAUUGGCGCCAACCCAAGAAAUUUGAAGUCUAAAAAUGGUGUUCAAAAAAAAGAAAUUGGUGUGAUUUUUGGCUCCUCAGGCAAGGUUGCUUUGGGAGAAGAACUUUGUGGGGAAAUAAUUCUUACAUGUAGUUUGGCCAAUCCAUCUUUGAUUUAAAUGCUAUGAUUUGAUUCAUUUAUCAAUACCCAUUCAAUCAAUUAAUUCUUGAGCUUCAACGCUCCGCUGUAGGUUUUUUUUUUUAUUUAUAAUUUUUAUAAUGAAUUUUGUGAAGUUAUUUAUACAUUAAAAAUUAGUGUAAGACAGAAAAUUUGUGCAAUAGUAUUCAUUUUUCUUGA